AUGGCGCCUAUCCAGCAUCCGUCACUUCACGGCGAGACCCUAUUGCAAUUUCCAAUACCAACGCUACUCACGUCUGCCAAACAUUCGCACUCACAUCAUCUACAGUCACCACAACAGCCCUCUCCAAAUCGCCAGCAGCAUCAACACUCUCCUGAGUCACUAACAAGUCUUGAAGACCCUUUAUUAGGAAACACUGCCGACACGUUAUUAGUCGAUUCCAGCAACUCUGCAAAUAAUGUUAGGCGAGCUAAUAGUGUUGUAGAGAGCACUCGUGUCAUCGAUAAUGCAGCAACAACAAUACAUGCCAUCGAUUCCGUUCACACAUUCGAUCAUGAUAACAGUUCCAUGAAUCCUAAGAAUGCACUUCCAAGUAACGUGGUUCGGGGUCCUUUAGCUACCCUCGCACAUCCAACAGCAACACGAAGCCGCGUCAACAUCGACAUCAAUAAUCUUAAUAAAUCCAGUCGCAACAACCACACUGUAGUACCAGGGCUCAUGAUGGCUACCUCACCACUCUCACCUACACGACAACAGUCUAUCAAAGAAAUGACUGAUCUUGAACGUCCGAAGCCAAUUGUGGCUAUGCCCCCUCUCGUCCCAUUCGAACUAGAGGAUAGGAAACGAAUCCCUCCUAUGCGAUCACGAGCAGGAUCAGCCCCACCUCCAACAAAAGGAAUGUGUCCGAUCAGGUCACCAUCACCAUUGUCAAUAACAUAUCCAUAUCCACACCUAGUGUCUGUAGUAGCACCAAGGAUACAUUUUCCUGGCCAACCUACCCCCGCCUGGGCAGCACUUUUGCCAGGAGUCACACCCGUCCGAGUCGACCCGAGGUCUCUCGUACAACCAAUGUUCUUGAGCCUAUCCUCUGAGCAGCGACUACACCAGCAAGUACCUAUCAUAUUGUCUCCUGAGCGUGAGGCAAGGCUUACUACGGAGAUGUACAGUCUUUUCGAGACCUUAUUACCAACAGAGGAAAGUCAUCAGCGUAGGACUCAAUUAAUCAGCAAGAUUGAGCGCAUUAUUCAUGCAGAAUGGCCAGGACAGGACAUCAAAGUCUUGCCUUUUGGAUCAACUGUCAAUGAUCUAGGGACGAAUUCAAGUGACGUAGAUAUUUGUAUCCUUACCUCAUGGCUUGGACUUCAGGGUGUCGAAAUGUUGGCGGAUGUGUUUCGAAAACAUGCCAUGGAAAACGUUUUCUGUGUGCUUGGAGCGAAAGUGCCCAUUGUCAAACUCUGGGACCCUGAAUUACAACUCUCUUGCGACAUGAACAUUAACACUCAACUGGGUAUCAUGAACUCAAGAAUGGUCAAGACAUAUGUGGCGAUCGACCGUCGAGUGCGUCCUUUUGCUAUGAUCAUCAAGCACUGGGCACGGAAAAGGGUACUCAAUGAUGCAGCCAAUGGUGGAACAAUAUCGACGUAUACAUGGAUAUGCAUGGUGAUCAAUUUUUUGCAGAUGCGGUCGCCACCUAUCUUACCCUCCCUACAUGAUAUGCCCCAUGAACUCUCGCCAGACAAUCAGGUUAUCAAUGGAAACAAUACUUCGUUUUUUAGCGAUAUUGACCGACUAGAAGGCUUUGGUCAAGCCAACAAAGAAUCGUUGGGGGGGCUUCUUUAUGCAUUUUUUCGAAGAUUUGCGAUCGAGUUUGACUAUGAUCAUCAUGUUGUCUCCGUGCGCCAUGCAUGUUACUUGACCAAAGAAUCAAAGGACUGGCACCUUCCAGGGAAGCACUAUAGGCUGCUAUGUGUUGAGGAGCCUUUCGACACAUCACGAAAUCUUGGGAAUUCAUGCGACAUGGCCAGUAGUAAAGGGUUGAAGCAAGAGUUUAGAAGAGCGCUCGACAUCCUCAACAAUGGCGGGAGCUUGGACCAAGUCUGUGAACAAUGGGUUUUCCCGCCACGCUAUUACCACAACCGUAACGCUUACCAUCGAACAGGGGGUCAUGGAGGGUUUUUAGUCAAUAACCAUACUGCGACCGGUAGGCGAUACGUUGGCGGAUUUGAUGGUCAGCAUCAUAAACCUAAUGGUUAUCGUAAGCAUGAGGCAGAAGCGAUACACAAAAACCGAUACAUGGAUUCAUCACAGUUUCCGCAUGCAGCAAGCCCUUUUCAUCCUGUAGAUGGACAGCAUGAACGGGGUAGCCAUGAAAAACGACAACGAUCUAAUUCUGCGUACUGUUUGAAAGAUACGGCCCCGCACUUGGCAACCACGAAUGCAGCCAACUUUUCCAGAUCCACCAAUGUUGAAUACAACAAUGUCGUUACCACUCCUAUAAUUGAGGAAGCGGAUACCGUUCCUUAUGUCCGCAAUAAGAACAGCCGAAACAAGGAGGUUAUGGAGAAUGCCGCCAAUAUCGACAGCUAUGGGCAAAACCGUAUUCAAAAGGAAAAGAUAAGAGCGCACGAUGAAAAUACAGCACCCAACACUUCGGCAAAAAAUGGCGAAAAAGUAACUCCAACAAAGACUGUACCCUCAAUCACUAGUCUGAACAAGUCCAAGACAUCAGGCAGAAGUCAAUCUAGGGAUGGACCUAAAAAAGGGCAUACUGAACAAAAGAACGGCCGUUCGAGCGGAUAUGAUCGAGAUGGUACUCAGGGAAGCAAAGGGCCUCGGGCAACUGUGGAGUUGUGUCUUGCUGAUAUUGCCAACAUCGUCAAGAAAUCAGAUGACCAUCAAUUGACGCGUUCUAGCACUCAGGAAACGAAUGGUGGUGAAAGUAGUAAGAAGAAGAAGAGCGGUAAAAGAAACGUUUUGUGGUCAACUAAUUCAAACAGAGGAGAACCACGUAGCAACCACCAAAAUUUCAAACAGGAGGUGACAGAACAUACUAAAUCAAAGUCAAUGGCUGUAGCUACAGGAAUUGAAGAAGCAGGUUCCCGAGUUGAUUCUGCAGUAGCCGGUGCGACACGCAAACAGGGUUAA